AUGAAUCAUAAAGAAGUCAUUGAGGAUCAAGUUUAUAAGAAUAAACGUACUUUGAAAGCUGUGAUGAUGAAAUAUGGCAUUGAUAAUAGAUUUCAGUGGAAGACAAAAAGAUCAAGUAUAGUAAGUUAUACACUUGUUUGUGUAUCUGAAAAUUGUGGAUGGAUAAUGAAGGCUUCCAACAUCAAUAAAUCGGGAAUGUUUAGAAUUAGAAAGUUUGUAGAUGAGCAUACAUGCUCAUUAAAAGAUAAGGUGUAUAGUCAGAGACAAGCAACAAGCAGUCUUGUUGGAGGUCUAAUAAAGCCCAAGCUAGUUGAUCAUAAAAGAAAGUUGACACCGAAAGACAUACAAGUUGAUGUUAGACUCGAACUUGGUGUAGACGUAUCUUACUUUGUGGCAUGGAAUUCUAGGGAAAAGGCAAUAAAUACAUUAAGGGGGACACCAUCUGAUUCAUAUAGUAAAUUACCCAAUUAUUUAUACAUAUUGGACACCACUUAUCCUGGAUCGCAUAUAAGAUUGAAGAAGACGGAAGAAAAUGAAUUUCUAUAUGUCUUUAUAGCUUUGUUUCCUUUCAUAAAAGGUUUUGAAAGUUGUAAGCCAAUAGUUGUAGUAGACGGUAGCCAUCUCAGGGGGACUUAUAAUGGCACAUUUGUGUCUGCAAGCACAUUGGAUGGAACAGUUAACUAUUAG